UAAAUACGAUUUACGUCCACAGUUUUGGUCUCGUUAAAAUGCUUAUAUUUGCUUGCUUGCGUGAAUUUGAAUAUUAAGUCAAUAUCGCGUCUAUAUUACAUCUCUGUGUUACAUAAAUACUUUGCGCAUAUGACACGUAGAACUUAAGAGCCAACUGAAAGGGAAGGAUACAAGUAGAUUGCCCGACAUGAAUAAGUAGUGGUUGAAUUUAAAGAAAUCCCUCUGUCAUAAAGUCAACCAUAGCAAGAAACUACUUCAUCCAUCAGAUACUACUUCAUCCUCAAACAAAAUGCCUCCCAAAAAAAAGCUUUCAAAGAGAGAGAAAGCACUUCUUGCUGCAGAACAAGCGGAGAAGAAACGCAUAGAAGCGGAAAGAGAAAGGCACCGCUUGAUUCAAGAAGAAAAGGAUCGAAUUGAAAGAGAUCUCUUAGAAAUUGAAACAAAGGCAAAACAAGACACAGAAGAACAAGCCCUGAGAAUAGAACAACUAAAAAUUUCUGUUAACAUGUUUAGACACCACACUGAAUCAAUGACUCACAUGGAACUGGACAAUCGACUUUCAGAAGAAUUAUUAUCAGUCUUGGAAGAACUUAUAGAUUUUCCAUUGGAAGAAAAUGAAGUGAAAGUAAAAUCUUGGAAAGAGUUACGCAAUACAUUUCGUGUGAAACUACUCCAACAUAUGGAUGCAGCAACGUAUUGUUUAUUGAAGGAUGUAGAAAAGCAUUUGGAACUAAUUGGUUUGAAUGAGGUGCGAUACAAACGAGAUACACCAAAUUUCUUUCUUAGUAUGUGGUCUCUUUUGCCACUACCAAAGCCAAUGAAAUCUGUUGAAAACACUUCUAGAGUCAUCAAAAAUUGCAGUUUUGAAGAAUUGGGAAUAUCUCUGCAAUUGCCUGAAUCUCUUGGUGAAGAGAAUUUUGUAGUUCGAGCUUUGCAAUUGAGAUAUGAUCAUUUUUCAGACAUAUGCCCAACAUGGGACCCCAAACCAUUACUAUCGGAACAUAAAAAAGAUAUUCUUCAGCUUUCUCAAGAUGACUGGGAAGUCCUGUGUUCUUUACAAAAUGAUGUUUUUGAUGUUGAAAUGAAGAAAUUGAUGCAACAGAGACGUACUAUGAUUGCACAAGCUACAGCUCUUGCGACUGCUGCGGGAGGCAUUGCCGACAAAAGAAGUGGUUCAAAAGCUUCAAAACGUCCUGCUGCGCCAGAUCUACCAAAACCUCUCAAGGGCUCUGGAUCAAAGAAAGUUAUUGAUCCAGCACAAUGUGAACAAGAUUAUGAGAUACUUAUGAAUGAGUUGCAAAAUCUUUCAUCUCCAAAAACCACAUCACAAUUAUUUGCAGAGAGAGAAGAUGAAAUGGAAGCCAAAAUGAAAAUAUAUUUGAUGUAUUCUUGCAAGCCAGAUGAAUUGAAUUUACGCAAGUACAUAAUUUUGGGGGGAGUCCUUCAUCUUGAUCUAUUGAAACAAUUGCCUCAGCCAUAUGAACUACCUUCAAAAUUUGUAAUUACUAAAGUUUUCACUUUCAAGACCGUGGGUUUGGGCGAGAGCGACAAUACAAUUUGGGUGAAUGUCCCUCGCGAUUUAGAACGAGUUCCUUUUCACGUCAAAUACACUCCCCCACCCCCUCCAGAACCUGGACAAAGGCGUUUGCCAGAAGAAAUAGAAGCAGAGCUCAAGAAACAGGAAGAACAGCUUGAAAAAUUACCACUUAUUCUCACCUUUCGAUUGGGGAGAUUUGGCCCUUUGGCUCUGGCUGCCUACAGGUAUUGUAACCUCCCGUACCAGACAUGGGAACUCAAACCUGAUUUGAAAAGCAAAGGAGUUUUACUUAACAUCACAGCGAACAUAGUCAUUGUGGAAUUUACUGUGAAGAUUAUGCAGAGAGGUGGUGUGGAUAUUUUUCCUGAUCGCGAUGCAUACUGUUACGUCGAAGGAAGUGCUUCUAAACAUCGUGUUGCUGAGGACCAUUUGUAUCAUUGCAUGGCCCUUUUCAGCACUUCUCAUAAUUUCACUUGGAGUCGUUGGAAUUUGUUAGCUGGAAGGAGAAAAAUGGUUUUGCAGAUGAGAGAAUAUUUAGAUCGCAAAAAUCUUGACAAUCACAGCACUUUAUUUUCAUCUCCCCAGCGAGCACUUCUAGUUGAUUGUACUGAAGUUUCACAAUCGUUUACAGAGGAAGGUUUACCCGGCAUGAAGUUCUAUGCUGAUUUAUUGCAACUUGUUGAAGAUAACGCCACGCCAGCGGCUAAAAAGAAAUAUAAAAAUAUUUCUUUCAAAGUUGUCGAAACAGUAUUUCAGCUCCUGAAAAAGACACUUUGUCUGUUUGUUUGUCUGUCUGUUUGUUUUUUUCGGUUUGUUUAUAUAAUUUUGUUUACUAACAAAGAAACAGACAAACAAAUAAACAAACAAACAGUUACACAGACAGGCAGACAAACAAACAGACAAAAAACAAACAAUCCAUCAAACAAACAAACAGACAGACAGACAAACAAACAGACAAACUAA